GACGUCAGUCAGACAGAAAGAGCGAAACAUGGCGACGUGGUGUAGCGACUGUAGCGCAAAUUGUUUUUAAUUUCAUCAUUUACAAGUAAUCGGUGUCUAAACGCAGCAAGACUCCAGCUUACUGUGCCGAAUAGCUGAGGAAGCAUCCAGAACGUGAUAUAAAUCGUAGAAAUAUGAAUUACAAUCAUUCGAACGCACGCCGAGGGAAACCAAAGAGAUUAUUAGAUCCGUCAGCUGGCUUGUCCGCGCCAGCUCCUCCAAUGGCACAACAUCCAUAUAUGUAUAACCAACAGGUGCCCAUGAACAAUGGUACAAUGCCGGAAUAUGGCUUCAAUGUUCCUGGUCAAGGGCCAUCGCCAUACGGAUUUAAUCCUCAGAUGUCCGCGUAUCCACCCAGCGAUAAUCAAGGAGGAGGGGAGUUUGCGAGUCCACAAUUUGCUGCGCACGUCUUGGCUCAGCCAGUCGUUACAGAUAUGGCUGUACAAUAUGGAAAUGCAUUGGUUGGUACUGGAAAACAGCAUCUCGAGAAAUAUGUGCCAGUUACAGCGUUGAAAUAUUACUUCGCUGUAAACACCGAUUACGUCUUCGCAAAAUUGAUGCUGUUGUUCUUCCCGUUUACACAUAAGGACUGGUCUGUUAAGUACGAGCAAGAUGUACCGUUGCAACCGCGAUACGAGACUAACGCACCUGAUAUGUAUAUUCCUACAAUGGCGUUUUUCACGUACGUUGCUGUGGCAGGAUUAGUUUUAGGCAUGCAGGAACGUUUCACCCACGAACAACUCGGUAUACUAGCUAGUUCCGCUCUUGCUUGGGGUUUGAUCGAAUUGCUCGUUCACACUGUGAGUUUGUACGUGAUGAAUCUUCAAACGAGUCUAGCAACGUUCGACUUGCUGGCGUAUUGCGGUUAUAAAUAUGUCGGUGUCAAUGCGGCACUGUUGAUAUCGUUGUUAUUUCGAAAGUUUGGUUACUACGUGACGCUACUGUACUUCAGUGCUUCUCUAGCUGUCUUUCUAAUGCGAUCGUUAAAAUUAAGAGUCAUUCCACAAGGCCAUAGUUCGUACACAGCCUCUGGUAAUAAAAGGCGGCUUUACUUUAUAUUGUCUUUGGCUGGUGUCCAACCUGUUCUAAUGUGGUGGUUGUCGUAUCAUCUGAUUUAAAUAAGUGUAAAAAAGCUAUUAUAA